AUGAGCCCAAAUACGUUGGCUCCCAACGACAUCCUCACGGAUGGGAAUUACUUUAUGUGGGAAUUCGAUGCACGCAUGGCACUCGCGCGCAAGGAUCUUUUGGAUCACGAUUUAGCUAAGCCAGAGCCGGCAGUGCUACGGGAGAAUCCCGGAUGGAAAGUCGCCGAUAUGAAGACUCUGGCUGUGCUGGUAAAGCUUUUCUCUCCAACCUAUCAGUGUAUGGUUCGAGAAUGUGAGUCUGUUAUUGAGGAACUCCGUGAGUUUGUGAUGGAGAUUGGUACGAAUCUAAUGGAUCAUCUACUGAAGUUUGAUGAGCUGUGUCUAAAGAACAGGGCUGCCGGUGACAGCAUGGAUGAUAAUGAGAAGCUGGUUUUGCUUUUGGAAAGUUUAUCAUCUGAAUACGAUGAUAUGGUACGCAUUAUCGAGGCACACAGUAACGUGACGCUGCUGGACGUGAAAGAGAUGCUCCGUCGUGAGUAUGACACUCUUCAGAAGCGAGACAAGAAGGAAACCGCUUUCAAGUAG